CAACUUCAAAAUUUUGAUGAGAUCCAAUGUGUUUUAACUUUGAAAUUUUGAUGAGAUUCGAUGUGUUAGUGUUGAUAUGAUUGCAUCUAACCAAUUUUUACUAGUUUUGCGCACUUGUGUGACUACCAUUCCUAACCAACAAGAGUUGUGGUGUAGUGGUGGGACUGUUCCACCCUUAAUCAGAGGUCUCGGGUUCGAACCCUGGAUAUGGAGAAAUCCUGUUGGGGGUAGCACUACCUCCCACAAUGGGCUUUGCAACGUGCGAUCUGGAUUAGUCGGAUUUCAAUGGGCAUUGGACGCCAUUAAUCAGAGGUCUCGGAUUCGAGUCCCGGAGAAAAUCCGAGACUUCAAUGGGCAUCGGAGACCGGUGGGAAAGCAAAAAGAAAAAAAGACUACCUUUCCUAAGAAAAACAAGAUUUCAAGGUCACACUAUCUAAAUGAUUAAACAAACUUUGCACAUGUAACUUACUUAAAAUACACCCUUCUACCUCAUUUCUCAAGAUCAAGACAUUAACAUAAAUCUAUAUUAUAUUACUACUAUUUAUAACUUAUACUAUAAACUUGUGGUACAAUUACAAGAAAUGACAUCAAUUUAUGUUCCUGUCUCUAUAAUUCCCUCUCUUUGUUACUGCUACUUCUUCUCAUCCAAAUUACCAAAAGGUAUACCAAGGCUAAUUUCUCUUUUACCCAUUAUUCAUCUCUUCACAAUCCUCCCACUUUACUUUUCUUCUGCAUUUCUUAUAGCACUCACCACUUUCUUCAUUACUUGGCUUGCCAACUUCAAGCUCACUCUCUUUGCAUUUGAUCAAGGACCACUUGUUAUCAACGCGCCCGCGGCCAACGCGAAGAAAUUAUCUCUACUGGUCUUCAUUUGCAUAGCCACUCUCCCUCUCAGAGCCAAACAACACGGCUUUACGUCGAAUUUCAACAGGAAAAUCCCAUUGAAUUUGCCUGCAGAAUGUGUCAUACUUGCUGCAUGCAUGGAGAUGAUUUUACGUGCAACAAGUGAAAUGCAUCACAAGUUGGUUUUGAUUGUGUAUUGUCUGAUGAUUUUCCUUGUGAUUGAUAUUCUCGUCGCGUUUUCGAGCUUUAUCAUUAAGUAUUUUGUUGGUUUAGAGGUCGAGUUAGAUCCGCCAUCGAACGAACCUUAUUUCUCAACUUCGCUGCAAGAUUUCUGGGGAAGGAGAUGGAAUCUCACUGUAACGAAUAUGUUGCGCCUGAGUGUGUAUAACCCAGUGAGGUGGGUGGUGGUGGUGGUGGUGGGUAAAGAGCGGGCCCGAUGGGCUCAACGUGUUGCCAUGCUGGCAACUUUUCUUGUUUCGGGAUUAAUGCAUGAGCUGAUAUUUUACUACGUUAAUAAUGUGAGGCCUUCCUGGGAAAUGACAGGCUUUUUUGCACUUCACGGGCUUUGUGUGGUGGUGGAGACUGAUGUUAAGCGGGCUUUGAAGGACACGUGGCGGCUUUCCGGGCUUAUUUCGGGCCCGUUGACCAUUGGGUUUGUGAUGGUAACUUCUUUUGGGCUUUUUUUUCCACCAUUGAUUAGAAAUGGUGCAGAUGUAAAGGUACUUGAAGAAUUUGUGUUUUGCUGUGACUUCUUCAAACUCAAAAUGCUUCAGUUUGUGAGUCAUUUUGGAUAAAAUUAGUAGUAUACUAUUUGUGCGAUGCGCGGUUAAUAUUAAAUAAAUUAGACAUAAAAGUAUUAUCUGUGGACUAUGAUCAAAACAUAUAAACCCUUUCUCUUAAUUAGUUAUUUUUGUCCUACAAUAAGCUAUUUUCCUAAAUAUUGAUAUUUAGCAAACUAUCAAUAUUCAAUCAGAAUCUAUUAGCGAACAAGAAAAAAAUAAUUUAUUCAUUAAUCAUUUCAACAGAAAGGUGUAAUAUUAAUGUUAUUGUUGCUGUUCCUUUUUUUUUUGGUGGUUUCCCUUCCAGUGUCCACUAUCCGCAUUGGAGUCCGACUAACUCGGAUUCGCGCUGGGUAGGGAUUCAUUCGGGGGUAACGCUCCCUACCAAGGAUUUUUCCAUACUUAGGGCUCGAAUCCGAGACCUCUAGCUAAGGGAGGAGCAGCCCCAUCCACUGCAUCACAUCCUUUGGUGGUGUUAUUGUUGUUCGUGGUGAGAACCAAAAUUCAUUAUAUUUUGUCGCAACGAAGAAUAUGUAAUUCUCGUUACUAAUAGAGAAGUAUGCAUUUUGGAUGAUUGUACUUUUCACUUUUGGUAUUAUCAUUAUUGGUCCAUUUCAAUUCGUUUGUCUAAUCUAAUUUACAUAAAAUUUAAGAGAAUUAAAAAAAUUGUUGAACC